GAAGUUGCUGGAGGAGGGAGCCGCGGUGCGCUGAGCUCAGGCCCUCCGGUGCGGUGAGACAGCAAGUGCAACGUCAGCCCAGCUCGGGUAAACUGACAGCUGCCCCCCCAGCCUAGACAACGCUGAAGAACAUGGACGAGGACGUGCUGACAACUCUCAAGAUACUAAUAAUCGGGGAGAGUGGGGUAGGAAAGUCCAGUCUCCUGCUAAGAUUCACAGAUGAUACAUUUGAUCCUGAACUUGCAGCAACAAUUGGUGUCGACUUCAAAGUAAAAACCAUUUCGGUGGAUGGGAACAAGGCCAAACUUGCGAUCUGGGACACUGCAGGCCAAGAGAGAUUUAGAACUUUGACACCUAGCUACUACCGAGGGGCACAGGGUGUCAUCUUGGUGUAUGAUGUCACAAAGCGAGACACUUUCACCAAACUUGACAACUGGCUAAACGAACUGGAGACCUAUUGUACAAGAAAUGACCUUGUGAAAAUGUUGGUUGGGAACAAAAUCGAUAAGGAAAACCGGGAUGUAGACAGGAAUGAAGGCCUAAAGUUUGCAAGAAAACAUUCCAUGCUUUUUAUAGAAGCUAGUGCAAAAACCUGUGACGGCGUCCAGUGUGCUUUUGAAGAGCUGGUGGAGAAAAUUAUUCAGACACCAGGACUGUGGGAGAGCGAGACUCAGAGCCGGGGUGUGAGACUGUCUGAUCACGAGGAGCGGGGUGGUGGAGGCUGUGGGGGAUAUUGCUCCUUGGUGUAAAUCGAAAAUCGACCACUGUCCCGCAACACCACUCGCGCACAAAAACAGACAUCAUUUUCUAACUAUUGGAAGGGCCUCUGAACUGUAUUGCUGUGUUUACAUGUUCAGUAGCUGCGAUAGUAGGGACAUUGCUGUUUGCACACUUCCUGGUAUCACGGCAGCACCCACGGUUUGUAAAUUCCCCAGCUGAGCAACUUUGUAGACUACAGCUGAUCUGACCCUCCUGUCCAUGGCUGCUUUUCAUGAACUGCAGUGGAAACGGUCUGCCAAGAGCAACUGAAUGUGGUUGAGACGAGUCGGUAAAUAAUCUUACUAAUUCACGGCAAAAAAACAAACACAUCCAUCCUCGCUGCCUUUUAGAGUAAAAUGUUAUUUUUAUCUUGUAUACGUGAUGACAUUUAUCAAAAAGUGCAAAAAUGUUCAAUUUCUUUCCUGCCUCUGUUUCAAAUGUGCUUUGUAAUGCAUUCUGUCAAGGGAAGCACAACCUGAUUAAAAAUAAUGAUUUCUUUUCUCUAGUAUGUUGCCGGUUUAUGCUCCGCAUGAUCAUGCCUUGUAUUCCAGAUUGAAGAGAAAAAAGCAGAAAAGCAACAAAGGAAUGUUGUAUUUUAUUAUUAUUUUUUCAACUGACAUGAUCCUAUAAUCUGGAUGGAUACCCUUUUUGAGUAAUGUAUGUGUUCUUCAGAAUCUGCUUUUUUCAGUCAUAGAUUUACAACCAUUUUGCAGCUGUUUGGCUAUUUUAUUAACUUAGACGCUAAACUUUAAACAUGUUUGGAAGAAUUUGUACGUUACCACAGAUUGACACUAUAGACUUUCUAUUGUUCACUCCAAAAAGGCUAAAUGUGCAUGUCUUAUUUGGUUUCCUGUAUCCUUAGCUCAUGCUUUUAUGACCUGUAACUCAUGCAUAUUAUUCCCUUUCCUAAAAACACUUUUACAUCAUACAUUUAACACACCUGAUCAUAUUAUAUAAAUCAUUCCUGGGUCUGAAAUAUAUAUAGAUCUUGUAUUGAUGCCUUUGGAUAUACAGUAUUCUGAGUGCAGAAUUUUUCUUUUCCCUCACUGUUUAAAAGCUUGAUUUCCUGUCCUGUCAACUAGUACUGUAUCCACAUUGGCAACAUUUCAUCUGUGUUGUAGACUUCAACCUUUGCUAUCCCUAUAGCACUUGAGUGCCAGAACAGAGAUUUGGUUGCAGGGAUUAAGUGGUAAAGUUAGUUGACAUUUGUUCUACUUCCAGUCUUUCUGGAUGAUUUGGAAACAUGUGAAGGACAUGUGGUACCUUUUGUCUGUUUGUUCAAACAUUCUAAUUCUCUUUUCUAUUUUAAUGUUUUUUUUUAACAGCAUGUAAUUGUCUGAAUAUUUGUGUUGUAACUCAGAUUUACAUAACUCUUCACGUUUACUUAAUAAAUGGUCAUUUAUUUACUGAGAAUGCAUCUGUCAACCAUUGUUACAAUCGUAAGUUGUAUGCAUCAUAUCUUGGUUUCAAUUUUUUUCAAGACCAGUAGUCUUCCCUGGGUUAUAUUCUUAAACCUUUCUGUUAAUAUUGAAGAAAAGAUUUUUAACACAUACAAAAAUUGGUUAGUUCUUGUAGAUAAAUGCUCUUUGCAUUAAUUUAGAACAAGAACAUCAUGUACUUUUGUAUGUUUUACUUUGUAAAAUAUAAUUUAUUGCCUUUGGAUAGAUGAUAAAUGCUUAUGACUGCAUCAAUCAUAUAUACUGGACUGCUUUUGAAAGGUUCUUAAACAUAAUGCUGUAAAUUCCGACACGUGGGGGGACAAAUCUUAGUUUGUUAAUGUAAAUAAAGAUCAGUUAACUAGGUGA